AAAGCAACCUUUUCCAUGAUGGCCGAGGUUUCGACAAGGGUCUCGUGAAUUAUCUGCAAUAACACCGGUGAUUUGUAUAUUAUAGAAUGACCAUGAUUUCCAAAACCGCGGUCGGCAUUGCCGUCGGCAUCGCCGGGAUCCUCGUCGGCUACUGCUUCUACUUCGACCAGAAACGCCGCAGCGAUCCCGAUUUCAAAAAGAAGCUCCGCGAACGUAGAAGAGUCAAGAAGCAAGCGAAGAAGGCUUCCUCCAAGAUACCGGACUUGAAGGAUCACGAAUUGGUGCAGAAAUUCUUCUUGCAAGAGGUACAACUUGGGGAAGAAUUGCUGGCCUGCGGCGAGAUAGAUGGUGGAGUCGAGCACUUGGCUAAUGCAGUGGCAGUCUGUGGACAACCAGCCCAGUUGUUGACAGUUCUGCAGAAGACUCUGCCGCCACCAAUUUUCCAGAUUCUGGUGCAGCGACUACCCGUCGUCGGCCAGAAGAUAGCAUCGCAAACUCAAAUGGCGGAAGAGGACGUUGAGUAGAGGAAUAUAAAAUUUCGUUGACAAUUCUCAAAUAAAAUUUGAAAUUAGUAAAGAGUCUGGUCAUUUUUGCACAAUAUGGGUGCGAAUAUAGUUUACAUCUAAAAAAAAUCCUACAAUUAUACAACUUGUUGUUCCCGUAUUGAACUUCCAUCUUGGUAGAUGUGUGUAACAACCUUAAGAAAUUUUUACAAAUAUUCAGUAUUUUAUUUUGUUAUAAGCGGAUUUUUAUAUCCGUUUAUUUAAAUAAAAUGAAUUUUAAUCGAACAGCGAUUCUGACAGAUUUUUGACAGAUGUUAAGCUUAUAGAAUAGAAUAUUCUGAUAUCAAAUCAAGAUUGAAUUUCUUCGCGAUGUUAAUUGUAUUAUUGUAUGUUAGAAGAUAUAAAGAUCUUUCUAGUUCACAUAAGGCUCUAAAUAUCUCCACAAAAAGUAUAUUCGAUACAAAAUCUUGCACGUUGUUAAAAUAUUUAUAAUAUUUUAAUAGAUUUAAAAUGUGUGAAAUAUGAUUGUGUAUGUAGUCACUUGUUCUUAUUUGUAUUGAUUUUAUAUUCUGAGAAAAAUGUGAAAUUUAUCCUUAAUGGCCUACGUUUGUUUACAUAUCCUAUUUUUACCAAUUAUAUUUUCUAAUCCCAAGAAGAAAUUUUGGUGUUUCAUGUACAUGAUAUGUAAUUGUUUUGUGUUACAUAUUAAAGUUAAACAAGUUAUUAUACAAGUUUUAUCAAAACAUGAUAAAUUUCUAAGCAGAUUACAUAAAGCUCUAGUCCGAUUCCGAGAAACGUGUCACGUAUGUGUUCAGGGAAUUGACGCUAAUAAAAUAAAUUAGUAAUAUUUAUUAUAUGUUUUGAUUAGCUAUGUGUUUAAUAGAAUACGUUGUCACUAUCACAUUUGCAAUACUGAUGAGCAUAUACGUUGCCUUACCUUGGUGUAGUAAAUGUGGAAAAGUGACUUGUACAACACUGUUAAUCUACGGAUCCAAUUGUAAUCUUGUACAAUUAUUGUAAUCACCUAACUAUGAUGUUGACAUCUAGUAUGUUGCUCAUUCAUUAUCAAAAAUAUGAAAAGUUUAUCUGGUAUCAGAUGCAUUAUUAUAUUCUGGAGGCAUUUACAAAAGUAUAUACAGUUGGAAGAUUACUGUAAGUCUUCUGAUGCGUAUCGCUAUAAAUAUACAUAUACGUAUUUUGUAGAUAAAACCUCUAUAAUGUCGCUAUAAAUUAUUUUAAAUAUAAAUAUACGUUAUAUCCGAAGAUA